AUGGGAGAUGAAGUCAUUCGUUUGUGUGUUGGGGGGGGGGGCUGCGAAGGAAAAUGGAGACGGAAAGGGGGGACGGUUUUCGUAAAUAAAAAAAUGUUGAUUAUAUUUAUUUAUAUUUACGUUUAUACAAUCGAUUUUAUUUCAUUUUAUUUUUGUCACCGCUAUCCUGCUGUUUUAAUAAUAUUCCUCCAUUUUUUUAUUGGCGUGUGUCUUAAGAAGACACACUUUAUUCCCCGAGUGAUGUGUUACUGUGUGCAGCAAAAUGACCUUGGCUGCAUUUUUUUUUCGUUUUCUUCCCGUUCCCGUUCCCAUCCCUUGUCUUUCUGUUAUUUAGACUUUUCAUUUACCUUAACCAGAAUGCACUCCCGGUGUAAUGUUGUUGAUUCUUGCAUUUGCGGACACCCCUUACCGAGACGUUGCAUCGGCGUUGCAGUGUUCUUACUGUUCUUUUCCUUUUUUUCAUAUCUCCGUUAUGUCCUAUUAUUAUUAUUAUCCCGUAAGUUGCUUUGCUCUUGCCCUUCCCCCUCCUCCCCCCAGUUGUCGCUCUCUCGCUCUCUCUGA